AUGGCCAUGGAUAUGAAUGUUCAUAAGCUUCUGGUUAUUGGAGAUUCAGAUUUAUUGAUUCAUCAUGUUCAAAGAGAAUGGGCCGUGAAUAACCCGAAGAUCACACCGUAUGUACGGUAUGUACAGAAGUUGUGUAAGAGAUUUCGCAAGAUCGAAUUCAGACACACUCCCAGGAUGCAAAAUGAGUUGGCUGAUGCCCUUGCCACCAUUACCUCAAUGAUUAAGCAGCCUGUCCAUUGUUCACAUGUUGAAGCGGAACCAGACGGUUUACCUUGGUAUUUUGACAUCAAGAAGUACUUGGAGACCGGAACUUAUCCUGAUAAUGCAACAUUCAACAAGAAGAAGUCGAUACGCCGUAUGACCCUCAAUUUCUUUGCAAGUGGGGAAAUCCUUUAUAGAAGGACUACAGAUUUAAGUCUUCUCAGAUGUGUUGACGCUAGUGAAGCUGCCAAGCUUCUAGAACAAAUACAUGCUGGAGUUUGUGGUACUCACAUGAAUGGGCUCACUUUGGAUAGGAGGUCCUCUAGGCUGGUUAUUUUUGGAUGA